AUGGCGGAAUCCCUCUCUGCAACUGCGACAGCCUCCAUUAUUGACCCCUUCGAGCAUCUCAACAUCAAGCUCAACCCAGACGGCUCAAUAACCAGACACAACCAAUUACCCACAGUACCCCCAACAGAAACCCCCACUCCCAACACCAAUAAUCUUUCUACAUGUUGUUCUAAAGACAUUCCCCUAAACCCUUCCAACAACACCUUCAUCCGCCUCUUCAAGCCCCACAACAUCCCCCAAAAUCCCACCAAUAAACUUCCCAUUUUGAUCGACGCCCAUGGCGGCGGAUUCAUUUUAUUCAGCGCAGCUACACAGCUAUUUCACGAAACGUGUUGUCGCCUUUCUGCUCAUCUUCCAGCCCUCAUCGUAUCCUUUGAGUACCGCCUCGCCCCCGAACACCGUCUCCCGGCGGCCUACGAUGACGCCCUCGAAGCCCUCCGUUGGCUUUGCCGCCAGGCCAAUCAAAUCCACGGUGGCGAUUGCGACCCGUGGUUAAAAGAUUGUGCCGACUUUUCGCGGUGUUUUUUGCUCGGCACUAGCGCCGGCGGGAACAUCACGUUCUAUGCAGCUUUGCGAGCACUGGAUUCCGAUCUCUCGCCGGUUAAAAUCGUGGGGCAUAUUUAUAAUCAGCCGUUUUUCGGUGGGAUUAAACGGACAGAAUCAGAGCUCCGGUGCGUGAACGAUCGGAUCUUGCCGCUGUCGGUGAAUGAUUUAAUGUGGAGUUUGGCGCUACCGGAGGGUUGUGAUCGGGAUCACUGGUUUUGCGAUCCAACGGUGGAGGGUCCGCAUCAAGAGAAGAUCAGACGGCUGCAGAGGUGCUUGGUGAGAGGGCAUGUUGGGGAUCCGUUGAUUGAUAGGCAGAAGGAGUUCGUGAAGCUGCUUGAGGCACGUGGGGUGAAGGUGGAUGCCAGAUUUCGCGAGGGAGGGUAUCAUGGCGUUGACCUAUUUGAUCCUUCCAAACUCCAAAUUCUUGAGGAUGAUGUGAAGGAUUUCAUCGAUGCUUCUUUGGAGUGA